AGGUCCUUGAUCGUCUUGUGACCCUAGCGCUUGGAUUAAGUCUUUUGUCUUGUGCGAUUAAGGUAGUGAGACCCAACGCAUGGGGAGCCCGGGGGAGUGACGAGCUAGACGGCUAGGCAUUUGUUGGACUUAGGUUUUUGUAGCUAGGCCGCUAGUCACCCAUGUUGAUUUAGAAAUUUUUGUGUACAGAACUCCUUUAGUAUAGUAAUGACUUCGCCCGAUUCUGCUCUUCUUUUCUCCCCUACACCGAACAAGAAGCAAGCCACCGACUGCACCACCCAUUUGAGAAAAUCGAAUUUCGAAUCUGCUCUGCUCUGUUCUUUUCCGUCGGCUGCUCUUCCUUGUUUGGGUGUGAGUUCUUCAAAAUUCUGAAUUGCCGCCGGCCUUCCCCCAAACUGCAGCUCCAAUUUUUUGCUGCUAAAUUCUGGUGCUGUUAUGGCUUAGAGCAUUGGGAUUGAGUCCUCGGUUUAUGCGAUUUAAGGUUACAAACCAGUUGAUCCACCGCACCCGUUUUGUCAAAGUACUACACAACAUUAUAUUUAUUCAUUUGGGUUGAGCCGGCGGUUUGAACGGUUGAACCGGUUAAACCGGGAACCAGAGGUCAAAACGGUUUGACCUCCGGGUCGGUUUUUAAAACUUUGUCGACAUGUUUACUGAUAGGACCAGUUCAUUCUAAAAUCCUGCCAAUGGGAUAAAACAUCGGUUACUAUUGUGCCCGCCAGUGGGAGGUUUAUAAACGCUGGCCAUGACCUAUAGAUGAGACUACUACUGAAUUUUCUUCUGCAUUAACGAUUUGUUAUUGAACGCUUGUUUAUUGAACUGAAUUUGAUUCUGCAUUAACGGUUUAUCAUUGAACGUUUUGUUAUGUUAAACCGUUUAUCAAGCAUGCUAAAAUUUUACUCUCGGGCUAUCCAUAUUUACUUACUGAGUUAUCUCAUAGUUUUUCCUUGUCCACCAUUUCAAGAAGCGAAGUCAAGGACGAGGAAAAACGAGGGGAGUGACGAGUUAGAAGGCUAGCCACCUGUAAUUUGAUAUAGAUUUUAGAUAUGAUCAUGAUCUUGUAAGCUAGAUUUUAAUUGGAGAUUUUUUAAAUUUAUUUAAUGGAUUGUUAAUUUACAAGAGAUUUGACCUUGAGAUGUUAAGUUUCAGUCAUGUUGGACAUAGAAUUAUGUUGAAAUAUUUGAUUUAAGUUAUUGGAUUGUCAGAUGUGAAUUGGAUAAGUUCCGAGCCUUGUGCAUUUGUGGGAUCCUUUCACGAGUGUACGGCGUUUGCCACAUCCCCGGAUUUAGGUUCUGGGGCGUGACGCCAUGUGUAAAUUGAG